AUGGAGGGCCUGGUCCCCAUAUCCAAGAAGCGCCACCCUGUCUCCUGCUCCCUCCUCAGGCCACAGACCCAAGCCACGACAGCCAAGAAGGCAGAGUCUCUGUCCAACUCCUCCCACUCCGAGUCCAUACACAACAGCCCCAAGUCAUGCCCUACACCUGAGGUGGACACAGCCAGUGAGGUAGAGGAACUGGAGGCAGACAGUGUCUCCCUGCUCCCAGCCGCGCCAGAGGGCAGCCGGGGAGGAGCCAGGAUCCAGGUCCUCCUCGCACGUUACAGCUACAACCCCUUUGAGGGUCCCAGUGAGAAUCCAGAAGCAGAGCUUCCGCUGACAGCUGGCGAGUACCUCUACAUCUAUGGCAACAUGGAUGAGGAUGGCUUUUUUGAAGGAGAGCUCAUGGAUGGCCGAAGGGGCCUGGUCCCUUCCAAUUUUGUAGAGCGUUUGUCGGAUGAUGACCUCCUGACCUCCCUCCCUCCAGAGCUGGCCGAUCUGCCCCACAGCUCAGGCCCUGAACUCAGUUUCCUGAGUGUAGGUGGGGGUGGCAGCAGUAGCGGGGGCCAAAGCAGCGGAGGACGGAGCCAGCCUCCUGCCGUGCCUUACCCCCGCCAUCUGGUGGUCCUCAAGCAGCUGGCCCACAGCAUGAUGCUGGCCUGGGAGCUGCCUCCUGAGCGAGUGGAGCUACACGGCUUCCAUAUCUGUGUGAAUGGGGAGCUGCGACAGGCCCUGGGGCCUGGGGCCUGAGCGCCACCCAAGGCUGUGCUGGAGAACCUGGACCUGCGGGCCGGGCCCCUUCACAUUUCUGCUCAGGCCCUGAGCAGCCGGGGCAGCUCUGACCCACUGCGCCGUUGCUUGGUGGUGGGUGCCCGGGCCGGAGUGGUGCCCAGCCAGCUGCGGGUCCAGCGGUUGACAGCCACAUCUGCUAAGAUCACCUGGGUGCCCGGCAAUAGCAACUUGGCCCAUGCCAUCGACCUCAAUGGGGAAGAGUGCCCACCUGCCAGCCCCAGUACCUGCUGGGCCACCUUCUGCCACUUACUGCCUGGCACACCCUAUCAGGCCCAAGUGGAGUCUCAGCUCCCACCCCAAGGGCCCUGGGAACCAGGCUGGGAGAGGCUGGAGCAGCGGGCUGCCACCCUGCAGUUCACCACCCUCCCAGCAGGCCCACCUGAUGCCCCUCUGGAUGUGCAGAUCGAGCCUGGGCCCUCCCCUGGGAUCUUGAUCAUCAGUUGGCUCCCAGUCACCAUCGAUGCUGCUGGCACAUCCAAUGGUGUCCGGGUCACAGGCUGUGCCAUCUACGCUGAUGGGCAGAAGGUAUGGCCCUAUAUGGAGGUGGCCUCGCCCACGGCAGGCAGUGUACUGGUGGAGCUGUCCCAGCUGCAGCUGCUGCAGGUGUGUCGUGAGGUGGUCGUGCGCACCAUGUCACCCCACGGGGAGUCGGCGGACUCCAUCCCGGCUCCUAUCACUCCUGCCCUGGCUCCGGCCAGCCUGCCAGCCAGAGUCUCCUGCCCCUCACCGCAACCAAGCCCAGAGGCCAGAGCGCCCCUUGCUUCAGCCUCCCCAGGGCCUGGAGGCCCCAGCUCUCCUCUCCAGCACCCUGCUCCCCUCGGAACUCAAGAGCCUCCAGGAGCACCCCCUGCAAGCCCUUCCAGAGAGAUGCCAAAAGGGUCCCACGAGGACCCUCCAGCACCUUGCUCCCAGGAGGAGGCUGGGGCAGCAGUGCUGGGCACCUCAGAGGAGAGGACAGCCCGCACAUCCACCCUGGGUAAGAAGGACCCUGGCCCCGCAGCUCCCUCACUGGCCAAGCAGGAGGCCGAGUGGACUGCAGGAGAGGCCUGCCCGGCCUCCAGCUCCACCCAGAGAGCACCGGCCCAGCGGGCGCCGAAUACCGAGACGUGCCAAAGAGGAGACCCAGGGUCUGGGCUGAGGCCCAGGGCUGAGAAGGAGGACACAGCAGAGCUCGGGGUUCAUCUGGUGAACUCCCUUGUGGACCACGGCCGCAACUCAGACCUGUCAGACAUCCAGGAGGAAGAGGAAGAAGAGGAGGAGGAGGAGGAGGAGGAGGAAGAGGAGCUGGGUUCCAGGACUUGCUCCUUCCAGAAGCAGGUUGCUGGCAACAGCAUCAGGGAGAAUGGGGCCAAGUCCCAGCCCAACCCCUUUUGUGAGACUGACAGUGAUGAGGAGAUCUUGGAGCAGAUCCUGGAGCUGCCCCUCCAGCAGUUCUGCAGCAAGAAGCUCUUUAGUAUCCCGGAGGAGGAGGAGGAGGGGGAAGAGGAGGAUGAGGAGGGGGAAGAGGAGGAUGAGGAGGAGGAGAAGCCAGGGGCAGGCUGUUCUUCCCGAGACCCUGACCCGCCUGAACCUGCAUCGCUGGGGCUGGGCUGUGACAGUGGUCAGCCCCAAAGACCUGGCCAGUGGCCCUUGUCUCCUGAGUCCUCCAGGGCUGGAGAUUGCCUGGAAGACAUGCCUGGAUUAGUUGGUGGAAGCAGCCGGAGGAGAGGAGGGGGCUCCCCUGAGAAGCCCCCCAGCCACAGGCCUCCAGAUCCCCGUGAACACUGCAGCCGACUUCUCAGCAACAAUGGGCCCCAGGUCUCUGGACGACCGGGCCCCGCACGGGAGAGGGGUGGCCUCCCCGUAAUUGAGGGCCCCAGGACUGGACUAGAGGCUAGCGGGAGAGGGCGGCUGGGCCCUUCCUGGAGGUGCUCCCGCGGCCGGGCGCUGGAGCCUGUGGCCAGCUGCCUUUCCCCCAAGUGCUUGUAAAUCAGCACUGAAUAUGAUUUGGAGCAGGAGGCGGGCAGCGGGGGCAUCAGCAUCACCAGCUCCUGCUACUCUGGAGAUGGGGAGGCCUGGGGCACAGCCACUGUAGGAAGGCCCAGGGGGCCUCUGAAGGCCAAUUCAGGCCCCAAACCCUAUGCACGCCUCCCAGCCUGGGAGAAAGGGGAGCCAGAGCGGAGAGGCCGCAGUGCGAUGGGCAGAGCCAAGGAGCCACUCUCCCGGGCAACAGAGACCGGAGAGGCCAGAGGGCAGGACAGCUCUGGGCGGAGGGGCCCCCAGAAGAGAGGUGUCCGAGUCCUCAGGCCAAGCACUGCAGAGCUAGUUCCUGCGAGGAGCCCCUCAGAAACACUGGCUUACCAGCACCUACCCGUCCGGAUCUCUGUGGCUCUGUUUGACUGUGACCCCGUGUCAAUGUCGCCCAAUCCUGAUGCUGGAGAAGAAGAGCUUCCCUUCCGAGAGGGUCAGAUCCUGAAGGUGUUUGGGGACAAGGAUGCCGAUGGCUUCUACCAGGGCGAAGGUGGGGGCCGGACAGGCUACAUUCCCUGCAACAUGGUGGCUGAGGUGGCUGUGGACAGCCCUGCUGGGAGACAGCAGCUGCUCCAGCGGGGUUAUUUGUCCCCAGAUAUUCUCCUUGAGGGCUCAGCCCGCACAACUGGGCCUCCUCCCAAGCCCCGCCGCUCCAAGAAAGGUGAGUUGGAAGGCCCUGCUCAGCCCUGUCCAGGUGAAGUCAAGCUGGUCCCCCCUGCUGACCUGAAAGCUCCCUGCUCCAUGGUGGCUGCAUUUGACUAUGACCCCCAGGAGAGUUCCCCCAAUAUGGACGUGGAGGCAGAGCUGCCCUUCUGGGCAGGGGACGUCAUUACUGUGUUUGGGGGCAUGGACGAUGACGGUUUCUACUAUGGGGAAUUAAAUGGACAAAGGGGCCUGGUUCCAUCCAACUUCCUGGAGGGCCCUGGGCCUGAGGCAGGUGGCCUGGACAGGGAACCCAGGACACCCCAGGCUGAGAGUCAGAGAAUGAGGAGGAGAAGACUCCAGUGCUAGACGGAGAUAGAUAUAUGUAGAGACAACAACAUGUAAGUGGGGGACUGCCCCCCUGUGUGACCAUCCACCCCCACUUGACCAUAAUCAGACAGUGCUCCUUUGUCUCAAAUACUGGAGCUGACCCAGCUUUCCC